AUGAUUUCCCAGAAGGUUGCGCAGCAGUCGCUGCGGCGGUUGGCCGUCCAACCGUCCUCGGCGCUGACCUCGUCCGUGACUAAGUUUGCCUCCCCUGCUGCCAUUGCGACUGGACGAUACAUGCAGAUGAGGCCAACUUCUUCGACCACGAACACCACCGACCCGACCAAGAUCCUUGCCCAGCAGCGUCUCAACCGCCCGGUUUCCCCGCACCUGUCUAUUUACCGCCCCCAGAUUACCUGGUACCUUAGUGCUCUGCACCGCAUUACGGGUACUCUUGCGUCAGCUGGGUUGUACGCCUUCGCGACUGCUUACGUCGCGGCGCCUUUGUUCGGCUGGCACCUUGAAUCCGCCUCAAUUGCUGCCGCUUUUGGUGCCCUGCCCAUUGCUGCCAAGUUCCUUGUCAAGCUUGGUCUUGCGCUUCCUGUCACCUUCCACAGCUUCAACGGCGUGCGGCACUUGAUCUGGGAUCUGGGUCGCCAGUUUACCAACAAGCAGGUCAUUAGGACUGGUUGGACUGUGGUGGGGCUCAGCGUGUCCACCGCUCUUCUGUUUGCGUUGUUGUAA